ACAGCCGGGACAGCUGUCAGUUGGUUGGGAUAUCAUUUCGUGAAGUGAAGUGGCCAAUUCAUUGAUUAAACAACUUCUAUAAAAUGUCGUUUUCGGAAAGGAUUGCCCAGAUCAUGGCCAGGCCAGGACAAGAUCCUGUAGCCAAGGAUGAUGUUCCAUGGUGGAUGAGGUAUGCAGGAAGAGGUCUUGGGACAGUAGGCAGUGUCUUUGCGAUACUGCUUGGUUUCUUCAAUUGUCUAGGAAUUAUAACCGUUGAUACCGAUAGUUUGCUCAGUGGGAUGUGGCAAAUUGUUGCCGCGUUUAUAGUCAUUUGUUGCGAAGCUCCGUGCUGUUGCAUGUUUAUAGACCACGUACAGCGAUUGAGUGAUUUUGUGGAAAGAAGACCAUACUGGAACAAGGCUGUGUUUUACGUGUGCCUGGCCAUUCCGCCAAUUUUAUUAAGCGCAAAUUUGAACAGUAUAUUGGGCGGUGGAUUCAUUUUCGCCACGGGCGUAAUAUAUGGCAUGAUGUCCUUGGGUAAAAAGGCCAGUGCUGAAGAGAUGCGAUCUGCGGCUGCUGCGGAAACAACAGGUACACAAAAACCAACAAACUCUUCCAUGCAUUCCAACCUUGUAUCAAACGCUCAACCGAUUAGUUUUACCGGUGUUCCCGAUAGCAACGUUUGACUUCGUUUUUAAUUAUUUUAUCGUUAUUUAUGAAACGUUAUCCUUCCAUCGGCGAUUGAUUUUGCACUUCCUGUAGAAGGAAUAUUUGACAAUGGAAAAAAAAUCUUGAAACGUAUAAUUUAAGAUGAAAUGAAAUUAUUUAUAAAAAAAACAGUAAUUUUGGUAGUGGAAUCGGAAAGGAUGGCCAAAUUGUUUUCCCCUAUCAUUUUUCGAUUUGCAACUCCCAUAUAAUUCUGAGAUUAUGGAUCCGUCUGUGAAUAUAGUUUUUAUGCAAUAUAAUUUAUAUAAUACAUUUUACAUAUAUUAUAAUAAAUCUAGAUUCUACUUACGUGAAUUCAGCUAUUGGUUUUCUUAGGUUUUAAACAAACAUGUACUAAUUUGUAUCCUUCCAUUAUCAUUUUAAACGUAAUUAUUUAUUUAAAGUGAUUCUAAGACUGUGCGUUGUAACUUCCCACCUUUUUUUUUACUUUAUGUCAUAAGCUCAAUCCUAUAUUAAUUUACUUGUCGGAAACAUCUGGGCUUACGUGGCCUACGAAAAGUUACAACUGAGAUCCACCAUCAAAGUUGUAUUAUUUUAGCCUAAAUUACAUUCCUUUAAAUCACUGCAUUUGUUGUCGUUGUUGGAAAAAUAUAUAAGAAAUGUUAACGUACUAUCCACAUAUCAGCGAUGUUAUAAUAUGAAUUAACUUAAAAAAAAGUAAAUAAAGAUCUUUAUUGCAGUUUAUAAAUAUGCAAGAAAAUAUGUACUACUAAUAAUAGAAAAUAACUUUAGGUCGUAUUACUCAAAUUACAUAAAAUUUAAGCUGAUAUUCUUGAAUAUGCUAUAUAAUCAAUAGUUCCGUGUGUUUAGACUUCUGAAUUAGACUGUUGAAUUAGUACGUACACGAAACACUGUUAGUAUUUGAUGUGAAUAUUUCUGAUCUUUCCGAUGACCAACUCAUAUGUAUAUAGUUUCAAAAUUGUUGUCGAGAUUCUUUUUGCUACCGUCUCGUUGGUCCAAUUUCAUCUUCGUAGCAAACCAAGUCAUCUAUACCGAAUAUUUAUACUGUAGGGAAGCUUAAAUGUGUUUUUAGUAAUGCAAGUGAACUAGUGAGUUUAGGAGUAACAAAAAAAAAUAAUUCAUAUUAAAAUUGAAACGCAAACGGAUCGAUCUCAUUUGAAAUGCGAUUAAUUGAUUGAUUGAUGAGUGAAUGUAAAAGACAUUUUAAUAUCUAUUAUUUUUAUGAACUCAGUAGUCUUUAUCUAAUUUCCAUAUGUUAUACAUAAAUGUUUUAGUACUAUAAUUAUAUAAUUUAAGACUUGUAGCCGUAUGUGUUACUAAUACAUAAAAAUGCAUUAAA